AUGGCAACCACAAAUCCGGACAUUUUUUCAGUCGCAUUUUCGGAGCACUUGCACGACAUCUAUGUAUACUUGUGCAAGAGCAAAAAGGCUUCGAAGAAAGUUUCACCACCAGGUGACGUAUCCAGGGAGGGGGAGGUUCGACGUCGUUUGGUUAAGGGCAAACGUCCUGCACCAAGACCUUCAGCAGGCAAUGACGAGUUGGGCGAGGCAGGCACGGAGUUUACGCGGAUUCUACGUCGUUUGGUGGCAAGUGGUGCAACCGAAAGUCCCCAUGCACGCCCUGUUGCUACUGCAAAGGCACUGGGAAAGAAACGCGCCGAUCCCGCUGGCGAAGAAAAGCGAGGCCGUUACUCAGCUCACGAGUUAGAUCAAGUCAAAGAGCUGUCCGACACCAUUGUCGCAUCGGAUGCUCUUUCACUAUUCUCGUUAUUCCGCCGCCUCUUUCAAACAUCGGUGUUCCUAUGCUAUCCCAUUCUAUCAUGUCAGGCCAAUGCUUGCCCCCCGUUCACGCGCCUUAUUCCACCGCCUCUUACAAACAUCGGAGGCAGUUCUCGCGCUAAUCUUUCAGACCAAUGCUGCCCGCCGUUUGAGCUGGUUAUUCCGGGACCUCUAUCGCUUGCGCACACUCCGAUCCACCUUUUUGAUCACAACAAUGCUCUGGAUACCCCUGGCAGUAAUGCGAUAGUCAACACCGCAGCCCUUCAAGUCGCUGCUUGCGGUAGCCAAUCCAGGAAAACGCUUCCCUCUAUUGUCAAUCUCACCGCACCUACGUCUCUCUCUCUUUUGGCAGGAACCCGAAUGCCAAUGCCUAGUUUAAGGUAUCAGCUAAGUUCUUCACUAUGGCUACCACUGAUGGAGCGCAACAUUCACCCUGACACGCCUAACAUGCAACAACAUUUCCCUUCGGAACCUCGUCAACUUCGCUCUCGUAAGCCUGUUGUCGUUCCACCCCCCGUGGUGGGUAGAGGCAAUGCUUCCACCAAGGUUAGAGACUCCUCUGCCACCGUUUGCCACGUCGUUAAAAUAUUAUUGCAGAAGGGAGCAGUGAAGGCGGCACAAAGCACACAAAACGAUAGUGUGACAGAUGCUGAGACUGGCGGCGAUGUCGUCGGGAAGACUGCACCAACUCAGGCCACAGGCCUUCAUACCCGAGUCAGGAAGGUCACUGAUGCUGUAGUCAACACCACCGUCGACGAUGCUCCUACACCGGCUGCUGCUCAACCUAGUCGGGCCAAAAAAAAUAAAGCCAAGCCUGUAAAGAAGAAUCUACCGAGUCAGUCGGACCCCAAAAACUCGGAGGCUGUAGUCAACACCGCCGUCGACGACGCCCCUACUCCGGCACGUUCCAGGCCUAGUCGGGCCAAAAAAAACAAGUCCAAGGCAGAAACAAAAAUUCUACCAAGUGAUUCUGAACCCGAAAAGUCUGCGGACAACAUCAGGAUCAUGGACAACCAAGAUGGGAACGACGCCAAUCAGUUGCUGGAUUCCGAUCAACUGAAGGGGAUCGUUGACGACGGAAAAAACCCCUUCGUCGACAAUGACUCCACUGAUGCGGUCCCUGGAGGGAGUGGUGCGGCGUCUGGGACUGGGACCAACUCGGCUCUGGUCAAGCUCAGUCUGAAAAAGUCAUUCUGCAUGUAUGGCCUCAAGCAAGUGGUGGAGAAGAUUGCUGAUCCAGACGCAACACCUACGCAGGAACUUAUAUCCCACGCCAAUCGAGUCAUAGACAAUCUGACCGUAGCGGCUGAAGACGUGUUCUUUAACAGAGAUCCGAAGAUCCAGCAAUCUUAUCUGGAGAACUCCAUGCCUGCACGCCGCGCUGACAGUAUGGGGGGCAAGGGGUUGUCUGGUUCGAUUGGCUUCGGCCUGCCGUUGUCCGUCCAGGCCACAUUGACUUCUGCAUCUGUCAGAGUUUCUCCCCCAAUGGAGGGCACGUUUUCAAUCAAGUCAACUCUCAUUCCGACAAAUGAUUCGUCUGGUAUCUUUCCCUCUUCACCCAUUCCUGGCCCCACUCAGGCUGAGCCUCGUUCCCGUGGCCUAUACACGUUACAGAACAGGCCCGACGUACCCUCGCUCCUUCUUGUUGAUCCUACAUUGGCCUAUCGUGAACCCAAGACCCCUGACCCGGCGUCCAGUGAUGACGAAUUCGAUUCGACGAUGCCAUCAGAUGAUAAGAUGCCCCUCCCUCCGCCGUCAUCUCUUCCGCAUCCAGUUACGGUUUACUUCUGCCGUAUUGGCAGAGUCAUGGAAGGGAUGGGUUAUAUCGGACAUCGAUCGAGAAUUCGGCUAGCCACCGAUGCUCACCCUGCCCACCAGUAUACCAAGUAUACUUGCUGGCACAAUCGGGCGAGUGAACGAUGGGAGGCUCUCCCCGAAGGCUACACCACCGAUCCCCCUCCUGCGACGAACCGUCUUGGCGAGGUGGAGGUAUGGUGGGAGGAAGCGGAGAUAUUGGCAAGGCAUCGGGCUAAACGCUUGGCGGCAAAGAAAGCACAGUCUAGUGCACAACCAGAGUCAGGGGGCGAAGCUGAGUCAGGCGACGAUCCAGAGUUGGGUGAUGAAGCAGGGUCAGGCGACGAAGCAGAGACGGGCGACGAUGGACACGAAACAGACGCAGAGCACGAAGCAGAAGGGGGCCAGGAGGCAGACGCAGAGCACGAAGCAGAAGGGGGCCAGGAGGCAGAGUCAAGCCAUCGGAGACGCCAACCUGCCCACAUCAUCCAUGGCAAUCAACUUCCUCAGGCACAGUGCAUACCAGACGACGAACCAGACUCAGAGGCCGACUUACAGAUUGACCACCAACGUCCUGGGUACAGGACAGAGUCUACAUUGACGCCCAGUGACUAUAGUGAGUCCACGAAGGCAAAAUUGAAGCAACGUGAACAUGCUCAAAAGAAUCGGGGACCUGGACACGACGAGAUGAACACUGAGGAGGAGGAGGCUGAUGACGAAAGGAUAAUGAAGGAAGCCGAUGAACAGGAUGACCGUCGUCGAAUCAAGAGCCAGGGCAUUCAGUAG